AAACCAGGAUGUCCGUUUACUGUAACUCUCUCUUUUCCGAAAAUCAUCUCCCUCUCCCAAAUCCCGAUAUUUCUCUCCGGGCAGGAAACUAAUAAAGCUUCAAAGAUCUUUUAUUUUUCCAACAAUCUGCUUCACAACUAUUCUAUUAUUUGAUUCCUGAGGUGUAGGUCGAGGUGUACAUGGCUUCUAAGGAUGUUGUACGCUUGAUAGAGGCAUCAUCAGGAGUACAUUUUUCAGGAUUCCAUUUGAAUGGUUUGCAUAAUUCAGAGCUGGAGCAACCUACAACUUCAACAACUGAAUGUGUGCAAAGGCAGCCAUUUGUAAUAGGAGUUGCUGGUGGUGCAGCAUCUGGAAAGACCACUGUCUGUGAUUUGAUUAUUGAGCAGCUUCAUGAUCAGCGUGUGGUCCUUGUCAACCAGGAUUCUUUUUAUCAUAAUCUGAGUGAAGAGGAACUAAAGCGAGUUCAGGACUACAACUUUGACCAUCCCGAUGCUUUCGAUACUGAAAAACUAAUUUCGACUAUGGAAAACCUGAAGGAUGGGAAGGCAGUUGAUAUACCCAAGUAUGACUUCAAGAGCUACAAAAACAAAACAUUGCAGUCUAGAAGGGUCAAUCCUUCAGAUGUGAUACUGUUGGAAGGGAUACUAAUUUUCCAUGAUUCUCGUGUCCGAGAAAUGAUGAACAUGAAGAUCUUUGUCGAUACAGAUGCUGAUGUACGCUUGGCAAGGCGGAUAAGACGGGAUACAGUAGAAAAAGGUAGAGAUAUUGGACAAGUACUUGAUCAGUACUCAAAAUUCGUGAAGCCUGCUUUUGAUGACUUUAUACUUCCAACAAAGAAAUAUGCAGAUAUUAUCAUUCCCCGUGGAGGAGAUAAUCAUGUUGCAAUUGAUCUGAUUGUUCAACAUAUUCGUACAAAACUCGGUCAACACGAUCUAUGUAAAAUAUACCCAAAUCUUUACGUCAUCCAAUCAACUUUUCAGAUACGAGGAAUGCACACAUUGAUACGUGAUGCUAAUAUAACAAAGCAUGACUUUGUUUUUUAUGCUGACCGUUUGAUCCGUCUGGUUGUUGAACAUGGCCUGGGUCAUCUUCCAUUCACCGAGAAGCAGGUGACAACUCCUACUGGAUCUGUAUAUACUGGUGUGGAUUUCUGUAAAAGGCUAUGUGGUGUCUCCGUAAUUAGAAGUGGUGAAAGUAUGGAAAAUGCUCUACGUGCAUGUUGUAAAGGCAUCAAGAUUGGAAAGAUUCUUAUUCACAGGGAAGGAGACAAUGGUCAGCAGCAGCUUAUCUACGAGAAACUGCCAAAUGAUAUAUCAGAUAGGCAUGUACUCCUUUUGGAUCCUAUUCUUGGCACGGGAAAUUCGGCAGUUGAAGCUAUUUCAUUACUUAUACGGAAGGGUGUUCCAGAGCCCAACAUCAUAUUUCUUAAUCUUAUAUCUGCACCUCAAGGAGUGCAUGUAGUUUGCAAGAAAUUUCCUAGGAUUAAGAUAGUGACUUCGGAGAUUGAGAUUGGUUUGAAUGAGGAAUACCGUGUCAUCCCGGGGAUGGGUGAGUUCGGAGACCGGUAUUUCGGGACAGAUGAUGAUGAUCAGGAAGUGAUAACCUAUAAAUAAGAGGCGUGGCCACUGAAUUUCAGUAGCAAAACCUUCUGGAUGAAAGAUUAUUAUUAUUCCCUGAAAGGAAAGAUUCAGAUAAAAUAAUAUCGGUCUUGCUUUUUUAUUGAGCGUUGAACAUUGUCUUCGUUCUGAAGUUAGUUUUGAUACUUCGAGUGAAAGUUUUUGUGUUUUCGAUAUCGAAGUAAGAAACUUUUUUCUAAUUUUGCUGUCAUGAUCUGUUGUAUCUUUAUAUUUCUGAGUCCAGUCUACACAUUAUGAUACCAAUACUUGUAGCUAGACAAACAUUUUGAACAGAUGAGUUCUACUCAAAUCAAUUAUUGAUAUAAUAUUUGAUUACCAUAUUCAUCAUA